CUGACGUAAUAUAAAAAACUUAAUUUAUCCCAGUACUUAAUUUUCUCGCACUCCAGGAAUUGACACGGAGGAAGGACGUCAAAAUCUUAAAAUAUGGUAGAGGUACAAGCUCAGGUAUUAGGAGGGCCAGUACACCUGGCUGGUGACACAGUACAGGUGUGCAUCACCAUAACAGUGCCCUCACUAGACCCAGCACUAAGGGCUCAGUCAAGUGAUGUGUGUGAAGUUUUAGCUUGGGGGAGUGCACAGAUCCACUGUCAGUGCUCUGUAAAUGAAUCUCGGGUGCGCUUACCAGCCACCAGCCCCAAGCAAGCAGAGGAACGUGCAGUCACAAAUGCUGACACAUCCUUUGCUCCAUGUCGCGGAGAACGUGGCCAUGUUGUCUUGUCAACAAAACCCAAGAUCUUGUUUUGUGAUCUUCAGCUUCUUCCUGGAGAAAGCAGGUCAUUUGUGUAUAGAGAAACCCUUCCCUGUGAUGCACCUCCAACUUAUCGUGGUCAACUGUUGAAGUAUGCUUACAAGAUAACCAUUGGUGUCCAGCGGCUGGGGUCUCCAAUCAAACUUUUACGUGUGCCUAUUAGAGUUAUUGUUCUCCAAGGUUUGAGUGAAGCCUGUGUGUAUAGUGAGAGUGGUGAAUUGGCUCCUUCGAAUCCCUUUCUCCACACCCCACAGAGAGAUACACCAAGACACACUGCUUUACAGAUUAUUCAGAACUUAUCAACAAGGAAGAAUGUAAACCAGUAUAAUAUAACCAACACCCAAGGCAAAGUUGUUCGCUUUUGCAUCUACAAGACAAGUUUCAGACUUGGUGAAGACAUUGUGGCAACAUUUGACUUCAGUAAUGCAGAAGUUCCUUGUGUUCAGUACUCAGUAACCCUGCAGAGUGAGGAAGUAAUAAGUGAAGCAUGCCGUCAGCGUCCGUCCCAGAAGCCCAUGCUGGUCCCUUACAGCAAGGCUCACGAAGUGUGCCUAAACAUGACGCACACUAACCUCUUGUUACCCAUCCCCCUACACGUCACGCCAACUUUCACGUCGGAUCUUGUGAGUCUACAGUGGCGGCUUCACUUUGAGUUUGUAACGAGCAAAUCAGAAGUGCCAGGGCCCUCCACUCCCCAGAACCCAGAGGACCAGAUCGAGUGGCGAGCACCGAGUGCGCUGGAAAUCGAGACCAUGGUGUGGGAUCUGCCCAUUACAGUCUUGCCAACAACCCCAAGUCAAGUUGCUCAAGCCAUCUGUAUGCCAGCCCAGCAGACCUUGAAACUGUAGUUCUUUUUGUUUUUAAUUUUGAAUAUAUUUUUUAGUUGUGUUUGAACCAUUACCAGAACUUGUAAUUACAAACUGAUUUUUUAUGUGAAAUUUUUAUUAUUAUAAUUGUUUACUUGUUUGUUUCACAGAAGGAUAAUGUGGUAGUUAGUAUUCAUAUUACUGUAUUAACAUAAAGAAUUGAUCAUAAAUAUUAUUUAGUCGGCUACCAUCGACACUUUAAUACUGGGAGGAUGUUGUAUAGGACAUAUACUAGUAUGUACAAGCAGUAGCAUCCAAAAUUGUACUUUCCUGUUUAUACAAAUAUAUUUUUCUCAGUCACUUUGGUGUACAUUGGAUAUUUGUACCUUAAAAAAAAAUAUAUUUUUUUUUUUGUAGACUUCAUCAGGGACCUAGUCUGUAUUAUAUAUUUUAUACAUUUUAUGAACUUCAUAUUUCUGCUAGAUAAAGAUGAAACUUGUUAUCUAGUAUAUGUAAAUUUGACGGAAAAGCUUUACACAUUUUACCAUGAGGAAAAUUUAAUAAUCUUUAAUUAACUUUUACAAGUGUUACUGUAAAGAAAGAUCUUUUAAUAUGAAUUUUGUUGUUAGUUUGUAGGACAAGGAUGUAAAUAUAACUAUUUAUUGCCGGUUAUUGUAACUAGUUUUACUCGAGAGUAAGGACAAGGGGCCAAAGAGUGAAUGUAACUGUGUAGAUUACAAAAAGGACGGAGGAUAUUUUCCCCUCCUAAUAUUAUAAAAAUACGUCUUCCUUUUGCAUAUUUGCUGCAAGGAAUGGAAUGGGAUUUUACAGGUACAAUCAAGCAUUACUUUUAACUGAAAUAUGUUUUAAAUAAAUUUUAUCAUUUC